GCCUGGCGCCCGGGAUGCCGCCGCCGCCGCCGCUGCCGCCUCGGGACAGGUUCGGGUCCGGGUCGGGCUCCGCGGGCUCGGGGAGCAGGGCGGCCCGGGGCGCGGCGGCUGCAGCGGGAGCGCACUGAGCGCCCGCCCGACAUGUCCAGGAAGAAGACCCCCAAGAGCAAGGGGGCCAGCGCGACCGCUGCCUCCGCGCUGCCCGCUGCCAACGGGCCCCGGCCGGCGCGCCCCGGCCCCGAGGCGCCGCGCAACGGGCCCCCGCAGCCCGGCCGGCCCUCGCUUGGCGGCGGCGGCGACUUCUACGACGUCGCCUUCAAGGUCAUGCUGGUGGGGGACUCGGGCGUGGGGAAGACCUGCCUGCUCGUGCGCUUCAAGGAUGGGGCUUUCCUGGCGGGGACCUUCAUCUCCACCGUGGGCAUCGACUUCCGGAACAAAGUUUUGGACGUGGAUGGCAUGAAAGUGAAGCUGCAGAUUUGGGACACAGCUGGCCAGGAGCGGUUCCGCAGUGUCACCCAUGCUUACUACCGUGAUGCUCAUGCACUGCUGCUGCUGUAUGAUGUCACCAACAAGGCCUCCUUUGACAACAUUCAGGCCUGGCUGACUGAGAUCCAGGAGUAUGCCCAGCACAACGUGGUGCUCAUGCUGCUGGGGAACAAGGUGGACUCUGCCCAGGAGCGUGUGGUGAAGAGGGAGGACGGGGAGAAGCUGGCCAAGGAGUACGGGCUGCCCUUCAUGGAGACCAGCGCCAAGACAGGCCUCAACGUGGACUUGGCUUUCAUGGCCAUAGCAAAGGAAUUGAAGCAACGCUCCAUGAAGGCCCCCGGCGAGCCCCAAUUCCGGCUGCAUGACUAUGUCAAGAGGGAGGGCCGUGGGGCCUCCUGCUGCAGACCCUGAACCUGCCUGGGCAUGGCCACUGGGCUUCCUUCUGGGAGCCCCAGGCUCAGCUCAGCCCUUGGAAGGCUGGAUAGAGGGUCCACAGGCCCCUCUGAUUUCCAUCACCCAGCGGUCAAUCCCAGGGUAUUGGUUUCCAGGUCUCCCAGGCUGAGCCUUGCCCUUCCCUUGUCUGAGUGGCAAUCUAGAGCCUAGGGCCCAACAAAUGGGCUUUAGGGAGCAAGUAGGUCUGCAGCCCCUUCACCAGCCGCUGCCUGAGGGCCUUGCCCCCAAGGCCUUCACAGAAAAGCAACCGUCUUCUGUACAGGAGGGCACCCGGCAAUGUACAGGCAGUGCUGGGUGCCUGGUCCGCUGCUCGCCACAGCACUCUGCUGCCCCCUCCUGGGCAGCCAGCUUCAAGGACAUACAGUGCCUAACCCCUUAGAAAGCCAUGUCUUCAGCUGCGCAUGCUGCCCAUGCAGGGAAAGGCAGAAUUCCCUCUGUGCCUGGGGCGGAGGGCUUCACAACUCAUCACAGCAUGUGUCUGUGCUGAGGACCUGCUCCCAGCACACCCACGAGGAGGCUGUAGUUCAAACAACAGGAUUCUCUUCUCCUGUUACCUUGGAGAAUGCCAGGGCUGUGUCUUGUAAUACAGCGAAUAGCAUGUGGAAAAUAAGAGAAAUGUCAGGGAGCCAUCUGGGUGGACUGGACCAUGGCCUGCCCUCAGCAGAGGCCAGCGCGUGGCGAGGUCAAGCCAGUGGGCUGGUAGUGUGCUCACCUUUGCACUAAAAUCUUCAAGUCAAUCUUUUGAUUGACAGCCCUUGUUUUCAGUCCUAGUGAAUAAAGUGUUUCUGGAGUGCCUGUCU